GCUCCGUUCCCAUUCCCACGUUCCCAUUCCCUAAAUGUAAAUGGGAAUGGGAAAAGGGAAAAACAGGGAAAAAUGUCGUUCCCGCAGGACACUAACUUACACCCUUUUCAUCAUUAUACCUAAAACUUCUUUUACUUCUGAUUUAGUGUCACCACCUAAACCUUCAUCAUCAAUAUCAUCAAAACUUUAAGCUGAUCUUCGUUCAUUAACAAUACAUUCUUUAACUAAAACAGAAAAUACAACAUAUUUAUCUACUUUAACAACAAUGAAUCAAUCAAUUUCAUUUACAACUGGAACAUUUUCUUCAAUAACAACGGAUAAAUCAUCUUGUUUAUCAUCAGCAAAUCAAGGACCUUUAAAUAUAGAUCAACCACAAAAAUUAGGUUAA